CGACGCCAAAUACAGAAGAAGAAGAAGAGGAGAGGGAAGCAGAGAAACGCGAAAAAGCGGAGUGCAAAAACCAAGCGAAAAGGGCUCUGCAGCAAACUAGCUAAUAUUGUUUUUUGUGACUUGCGUUGUAAACAAAACAGCCUCCAAAAUUAACAAGAACGCGCAACCAGCGGGCCGCAAGUCGCUGACCAAAAUGACGAUCCAACUGGACAAGAUUCUGCAGGACAUCGCCAAGGAGAAGGCUUUGCAUCCAAACAAUGGCGGCGCAAGCAAGCAAGAGCAAGAGGAAGCGUGGGCCAGGAUUGGGCGCCUUAACAAGCUCUCAGUACACGAGUCACGCUCCAUUUUCAUCGUUCUGCAGAAGAAGUACGAGCAGGAAAAGCUCAAGGGAAACUCUGCGUGGAAACUCUUCGGUUUGAUGCACCAGAUUCAUCAGGAGUCCAGGCCCUCUAUCAAAGAGGAAGACGAUCAAGGGCCCCUGGACGAGGUGGAGGAAUACGAGAUGCUAGAGGUGCAGGAGCCGGAGGAAGACGACGACGUUCACCAUGACGGGCAGCCGGCCAACUCCACCGGUUCGGCGUCCUCCGACGGUGAGAGUCCGACAAAGUCGCACAGCACGGGGUCGCCAGAAAAGGACGAGCGGGUGUACUCCAGGCCCAACGUGGACACACCCCGUCCUGCCUUUGAGGAGAAGAAGCUGCUCAACACACUGGCCAACAACACACCGCGCUCCACGACGAGCAACUCGUUGUCCGCCGCCGCAGCUGUACUCCAGAAGAAGGGCAUCACCGUGAAGAAGGCGCCCGGUUCGUCAGCAGGGACUGCGCCGAAGUCCACAUCUGGUCAGCAGCCACCAGCCAGUGGCCUGAGAUCCGCUUCGUCGCGCACCACUAUCCAGCUGCCAGAGUCCCUGAAGCGCAAACUCUCCGAAGAGUACACUGCCUCUCCGGGGCACAAAAAGCUGUUGAAGACCACGAGCCCAAAACAGACCGCUGCAGCUGCGGCCACCACUCCAGCAAGCUCUAACAUACCAGAGGUCCAGCCAUCCGCCGGAGUGGUGCACACAACCACUGCUCAGCUGAUGCAGGUGAAGAAGGAGAGGGAGGACAACCAGACACCGCCGCCGGGCAUCAAUAUCAUCACCAUUCCGCCGACCCAGCAGAUCAACGGUGGCAUCGGGGGAGGGCCCACUUCGUCGACGGCCGCCACCAUUGCUUCCACGUCAGUGGCUUCCACGAAUGGCUUCUCGCCGCACAUCGAGGAGCUGGACUUUAAGAACGACAUCAUCUUCGACUCGAAAAUUAACGCCGCAUCCUCGAACACGCCCGAGAUUAUAAACUUGGGCAACUUCGACAACUCGCUGCCGCCGACCUUCUUCAAGAAUCUUUGCAACUCGUCGCGACACGAGUCACUCGGCCUGUACGUGGCCAAUGUGAUGAACCGACUCUCUUCGCGCGCCUCCGCCAAGCUGGAGCUGGCCAUCUUACGCGCCAUCCUCGAUGUGCAGUGCGACGAACUGGAGAAGUAGCCCGACUGAUACUCGCAAUUUGAAUGAUUACUCAGCUAAAAUAGUAGACGAACUCGAAAGUAGAUUUGGAGCCUGCCUAAGUCCCUUCUUGUAUUAAUUGUAUUAUUGUCUAACCCUCUGCGUUGCGUCGCUGCACUUCGUUUUUGCCCACUGUUCCCCUCGACAUGGAUCGUCGUAACUUUUCUGGACUUUUUUAAACUGGCACUGUGCACGCCAAAACGUGGGGUUUUAAAUGAAUUUUAGGGUUGAGAUUUAACCGCGAUCAUGCCGGAUUCGUGUGUCCCUAGCUUAAGUUCAAAUUUGUCGAAUGUAUGUUCAUAUGCAAAUAAAUCUACAUAACUUACUUGAA